GGGUACAGUAUACGUUGUCAAUUAAUUUGAGUUGUCGCCGCAUGUAAAAAAAAAAAAAACAUAAAAAAGUUCCACUCUUACGAAUGGUAUAUUUCAAACAUGACGUGAAAAGCAGCUUACAAAAAAAAAAAAAAUACAAAAGUACAGAAGUACAAACGUACAGAAGUUCAAAAGUACAAACGUACAAACGUACAUGUACAGAUGACAAGUGAACGAAGAGGCAACGAACAGCAGAAACGGUUAACCGCUUUGACCAGUUGACAAAUUGUCGAACCAAAGCGGCUAGCUUCCACUGGUAAAAAUCGAAAAAGCGAAGUUCGAAACGCGCAUAAAACGCAAACGCAUGCAUGUAUAUAUUAUGAGAGGGCUGCACGAAGCAAAUAUGCUAAUUCGCCAAGCAAAAUUGCUAACUUAAAAAAAAAAAAAAACUUACAUAGCUGAAGGAAUUCACAAAACCGGCAGUUCCGUUCGUCAUAUAUAACGACACAACCCCCUUUAGAAAGAGCGUAAAAUAUUUGUCGAGGAAGAUGUGUGUUUUAACGUUAGUGCAGGACGAUGUAAAAUCAGAUAUUCUGAAAUUGGUCCUUGACUUUAUCAAAGCGGUGGUCGUCAAAGAUGAUGAAAAGGUGGCUUUUCCCGAAGUGCGACAUGAAAAGAAAAUUUCCUUCCAGUAUAAGGACAAACAGUACAAGGAGCUGUUUUGCACGCUUUACGCGAUUAUCGAUAUAUACGACUGCUACAACGAACUGUUUAACGAAGAUGAAGGCAAAGUGAGCGAAAAUGAAGAAUUCAUUUUCCAUUUGGCAAGUGACAAAUUUAAACUGAAGCAGCUAGACAUGAAGCAUUUGAAUGAUUUGUUAUGCGAAAAAUCGUACAUUGUCUCGAAUAGGCAUGCCUCCAUAGUGGACAUUUUUUAUUUCUGCUCUGUUUAUAAACCUUUAAGUGAAAUGCCCGCCAAAGAGAGAGUCGAAAUUUCACACAUAUAUAGGUGGUUUUUACACAUUCAAGAAACCCUAGUGGGGAAAUUCACUACACUAAAAAAGUUGGAAGUUAGGGACAGUCUGGAAACUUUUCUAAAUAGUAAAAAUGUAAUGAGCCCAGGUGAACGAGCUAAUAGUGUAAGCAUGAGACAACAGAAGGAUGAUAAGAAUGCAAAAAAUGAAAAUGGAGAUAAUGAAAAAGGUAAAAAGAAAAAUAAUGCACAAAAUAAAAAUGCCCAGAAAAAAAAAGUAGAGGAACCAAAGAACCUCGAUGAUAUUACCAGAUUAAAUAUUAUCGUAGGGUAUGUAGAGGAAGUGGAAAUUCACCCAGAUGCCGAUACGCUGUACUGUUUGAAGAUAAAUGUGGGGGAAGAAAAAUCCAGGGAUAUUUGCAGUGGCUUAAGACUUAAAAAGAAUUCAGAAGAUUUACUACACAAAUACGUUUUAGUGCUAGCCAAUUUGAAGGAAAAGUCCCUUAGAGGAAGAAAAAGUCACGGUAUGGUUUUAUGCGGGUCUUUUGGUGAACAAAUAGAGCUACUUGCCCCCCCAGAUGGAGUCAACGUUGGGGAGAGAAUUAUUUGUGAAAAUAUGGACGUCAAUAAAUUGCCAGAUAAAACCUUAAGCUUUGAUAAGGAGAAAAAUCCCUUUUUUCACAUCCAGCCACAUUUGCUCGUCAAGAACGGUGUAGCGCAUUAUAAAGAUGCCAAAUGGCUCUCCUCCAAGGGAGAAAUCACUUGCCCCCUAGAACAGGGAACAAUUUCGUAGAGGCCUUCUGAUAAUGCCCCAUGUUUGUGUGUAUCCUAUGCAUGUGCGAUGGUGCUAUGUGUAACGGUUGAGAGGUGGGAAUUUACUCGUGGGGUUAGUGACCGAACGGGUGAACGAAGAACAAACAGCUGCGUAACCGAAAUGCACAACGGGGAAGCAGGAGAAGCGGAAAUCAUGCACGCGAGGGAGGCCAAAAGGCCAUCUCCAUCUUUCGCUCCACCUUUUCUUCGCGUCGUCACUUCCUGCGCCUCCGCACAUGCAUAUGCACAUGUCCACACGUUUGUGUUUAUGUAGAAAACCGCCUUUACGCGUAUUCACCAAACAAAAAAUGUAUACUCUUUCGAAUUGUGCCCUUUAUAUCAAUUUUUUCAUAACAGUUAAACUAUAAAAAAUGAAAAAAAAGAGCAAAAAAGCGCAAAAAAACGCAAAAUAAAAAAUCGUAUAAGGUGUCACCCAUGGGCAUAAUGCACGCACGUCGUGAAAGGAUUGCUGGGGGAAGGAGGCUAAGCUCCCCAACCUGAAAUUGUGCCAGCUGAAAUGAGUGGCCGUUUUUCCCUGCAAAGGGAGCAGCGAGGAUGAAAAGCGUGAAAGGGGACACCUCUGCGAAGUAAAAAAGGGAAGUCACUUGCCUAAAAAGUUGAAAUAAAAAGGCUAUUUUUUUGAGGCAAUUAACUGCACAGGGUUAACGUGUGUGUAUGCGUUUGUGUUGGUGCCGUUCCUUACUGCUGCUUAG